UGAAAUAAAUUUCCAAUAUGCUGUUAAGAUGAAUACAUUCUUCACUUAUGUCCUCAUUCAAAAAUGUUCUUUAUUUCCAAACCGGACUUGGAGUCCUAGCCAAUAUAGUUCUUCUGUUUUUCUAUAUUUUCAUAAUCCUAGGUCACAGACCUAAGCCCACAGACCUGAUCUCCUGUCAACUGUCCUUUGUUCACAUAAUGGUGGUCCUCAUUGGAGGGGAUAUUUUGCUUGCAGACAUAUUUGAGUCACUGAACAUUGGGAAUGACUUCAAAUGCAAGACAACAUUCUACUUAUUCAGAGUGAUGAGAGGCCUCUCUAUCUGCAUCACCUGCCUCCUGAGUGUGUUCCAGGCUGUCACUAUCAGUCCCAAUAACUCUGUGUGGGCAAAAUUUAAACAAAAACUAAGAAAAUACAUGACCCAUGUUUUCUUAUGUAUUUGGUUUUUCAAUUUUUCCUUCAGUACUAACCAGAUCUUUUAUGUUGGUGGUUUUACCAAUGUGAGUGAGACCAACCAGAUGCAGGUCACUAAAUCCUGCUCACUCUUACCCAUGAACUACAUCAUCAGGGGACUGAUUUUUACAAUAUCAAUCUCCAGAGAUGUGUUUCUGGUAGGAGUCAUGCUGACCACAAGUGUAUACAUGGUUAUUUUCUUGUUCAGGCAUCAGAGGCAAUGCAAGCAUCUUCAUAGCUUCAGCCACUUGAGAGAAUCCCCUGAGAAAAGGGCCACGCAGACCAUCAUGCUGCUGGUGUCUUUCUUUGUUGUCCUGUACUGGAUGGACUUCAUCAUCUCAUUCACCUCAGAAAUGUUACGGAUGUAUGACCCAGUCAUCCUGACUCUUCAGAAGUUUAUGAUGUAUGCCUAUCCCACGGUUACCCCUUUGGUACAAAUCAGUUCUGAUAACAGAAUAAUAAUUAUGCUGAAAAAUAUUCAGUCAAAGCACCACCAUAGUUUUUCUUAAAAGACUUUUUCUUUUAUUUAAAAUUACUAAUUCAUUACUCAUUUCUAUCAGUGUGUGCUGUGGCAAGUGUGUAUGUAUGUUUGUAUUUCUGGUGCCCACAUAGGUAAGAAGAUAUCAUAGGAUUCCUUGGAUUUAGUCUUACAGAUAAGUAAAAAGAAUCGUUCUGUAUAGCCUCAGUGGGGUUUUCCCCCUAAAAUACAGUCUUUUAAAAGAACUUUAAUUGUCUUGAUGUAUACUUGGAAUUGGUUUG